CUGGCUCGCCUUUGUGGGACAAAUCGUGAUUUUCGAGUCUCUCUAUGGCCAAUAAUGAGAGAAAACUGACAAAGACGCAUAUUUACGAGGCUUAAAUCUGAUGUAUUCAAUUGUUUUGUGGUGUGGUUCUUUUGCAUUUCCGGGAAGACAGGAGACGCCGCCUUUGUUUAGUUUUUAAGACGGGUUUUGUUUAUCACAUCUCAACUUGGUUGGUGAGUAGUUAUUGAGCCGUCGGAGAUGAGUGGUCCCGAGGUAGCGAAGACGCCGGGGAAGGAAGGCAUGGAGGCUGUAGCCAAUGGCCAUGCAGGAGAGGGUGAACAGGGAGGAGACGAUCCCUUCGCUGAGUACAUGUGGAUGGAGAACGAGGAUGCGUACAACAGACAGGUUGAAGAGGAACUGUUGGAGCAGGAGUUCUUGGAGCGUUGUUUCCAGGAGAUGUUAGAUGAGGAGGACCAGGAUUGGUUCAUCCCGGCCAGAGACCUCCCCUCAGGGGUGGGGCAGAUCCAGCAACAGCUCAAUGGCUUGUCAGUCAGUGACAGAGGAAACGCAGAGGAGAUGGCGCACAGCCUCAAUUUCGUAGGGGCAUGGACUCUACAAGGUGUCAAAAGCGUUCCACAGGGAUACUGGCCCAUUUUGACUCCAAUGCUUCCCACAGUUCUCAAGUUGGCUCGAUGUACUUUGGAUGGUGUACCAUUCUUGAUACACACAGGGAAUGAUGGCGCCCACAUCAGCAGCAGAAAGACAAAGGCAGUGUCGAGCACGUCAAAAUGCUGACCCAGAAAAAAGGGAACAAUACCUUGAGAGAGCGCGUCAGAGAUGGGAAAGAAAUGUUGAGGCAGGGAAAAAGAUAAGUAUCAGUGUUUUAAGUGAACGAGACCAGUGGAACAGCAUACAAAAGAAGCAAGGAGAGGAAAUGAGCAUGUGCGAUGGAGAUGAUGCCAAGCCCGAUUGAAAGCGUUGCCCUCCACCAUGAGAAUACACCAGGUCAUCAUCCUUGCUCCUGGUGAGCUGAUGUCUCGUGAUGUCAGCUGCCUUUGUUCAACAAAGAAGGACCUAAGCUGUACAUGCUUUAACACACAUCACUUCAAUUUCAGGCAGAAGGUCCUGGCUGCUCCAGAACAGCCAGCCAAUGAGGAAAAUCCACAAGCUGUAGACAAAUCCAAGUCUUUUUGGGUAGUGGUGUGUGUAGUGGAAUAUGAUAACCUGUAUUCAAGGCACGCAUCAUCCUCGGCACGGAUGGAAUGAGUGUAUAUAAGUGAAAUGUUUGCGUCAUGUAGGACCAAACUAAUUUUUCUGGCCUUCUCAAGACGACAUCCACUGGUGUCAAUUGGAUGAAGUCCUUGAUCAAAUUUUGCCGAAUACAACAAGUGUAGACCUUACAGUGAAUUGCUUACUUACUUACAAGCCCUUAACCAACAAUGCAGUUAAGAAAAUACCCCCCCUAAAAAAAAAAAAGGUGAGGAAAAAUAAUUUGAAGAGCAGCAGUAAAUAACAAUAACGGGGAUAUAUAUACAGGGGUUGCCGGUAGAGUCAAUGGGCGGCGGCACCGGUGUCGACGAUUCCACCCCGCAGCGUGUGACAUCCCGCCUCGUUGAGAGAGAUGUGUGGGCCAGACUCUCAGGAAGAAAACCAUGAAUUAAUGAAUAUGGUGCUCCAGAGAAGGAUAGUCAUGCUGACAGUAGUGCUGUAGUUAGCUGUUCUAGCAUUUCUAAACGCCCUUGGAAAAUGUUCCUACAGUUUGACACGUUGAACUUUUUUGAUAACCUGUUGAAUGUUAAUUACUCUAAUGCGUGAUGGUUUUUAUUUGUUUAGAUAUUUACUGCAGUUUGGUUAAUAAAACCCAGAGUAUUCUAAAUGUAUCUAAUGUCCUUAUUACGUGGUUGCAUGCAAUGUUUUGCGGUAAAUCUUAGAGGGAUUUUGAUAGUAAACUAAUUUAUAUGGAAACUGAUGUCUCAACCCUUUCACAGUUUUCAACCCUAGUCUCAACCCUGUCAAAUGACAACAUUUGGUAAAUAAAAUGGCAAAGAAGAAUAUGAAUUUAAUGCUUUCUGAGCUCAGUCUGAAAUGUUAAGCACAAUCUGAAGAAGAUUAGUUCAUUCUGAAUUGAAAGCAUUUUUUUAUUUAAAUGAGCUCGCUGACGAUGUGUAUUUCAGGGUUUAAUAUAGUAAAUUUGAGGUUUUACAUGAAUUGUAUAUUAUAAUAGUUGGUUUGGGGAACACAUGAGCAUUAGGUAAAUGUUGCUUUUAUAACAAGUAUCUUUUUAUAAUUAUAUUCAGACGACGUCCAUAUUGUCUGUGACAGGGUUGAAGAUAAAUGUGUCCAUAUCAGACAAAUUGACAAUAAAAGGGCUUUAAUGCCGGAGUUGGGGAA